UAAAAUUCUAGCAGAGGAUUGCUUAGUGCACAUUAAACCAAGUAAGUUAUGUUCAGCAUUUACACAGUGCGUGGCUCAUAGUCAGCAUGAAAAAAAAAAAAGUUGCUGUUAAUAAGAUGUCAAAGGAAAGCACUGUAGGCCUCUAGAUUGCAAGCUCAGUGUCGUGUCAGAGGCCAUGGACUGAAUCUCAUGCAUCGUAUUCAUAGGGGAGUGUCUGAGUCUUUUGCCGUUUGUUUCUUUAGUCUUAAUUUAUAUAAUUCAAACAAACUUUAUCAUUUCAUUUUCUGCGCCAACAGAUAAGAAGCAGCAGUGUAGAAAAGUAAUGGAAGGAGCUGUUCGGGGAAGACACAAAGUACAGAAAGAGAAAGGGAAGGAGGGAGCAGGAGAAGCGACGAGAACGAAGAAUACAGGACAGGACAACUGUUAAAUGCAGUAAUUGGCGGCCUGCGACACCAAUGUGUCACUGAUCAGGAGGCAUUCCCUGCGGCAGCGCUCCAUGACCCAGCGGCGCCCGGCCCACUGAAGCCACCGUGGUGUCCAGCAUGGCCGCGUUGCUCCUGGGCGCGGUGCUGCUGGUGGCCCAGUUCCAGCUAGUGCCUUGCCGCCCCGCCGCGCCCGGGGCCGAGCCGGGCCAGCAGGAACUGGUGGGGAAAGCGGCCACCCUGCAGAACGAGGUCCGAGCUGGCGCGGCCCCCAACGGCUCUGCCCAGCAGCUGCCGCAGACCAUCAUCAUUGGCGUGCGCAAAGGUGGCACCCGUGCGCUGCUGGAGAUGCUCAGCCUGCACCCAGAAGUGGCGGCUGCCGAGAACGAGGUCCACUUCUUCGACUGGGAGGAGCAUUUCAGCCAAGGCCUGGGCUGGUAUCUCAGCCAGAUGCCCUUCUCCGCCCCGCAUCAGCUCACGGUGGAAAAGACCCCCGCGUACUUCACGUCGCCCAAAGUGCCUGAGCGGGUCCACAGCAUGAACCCGUCCAUCCGGCUGCUGCUCAUCCUGCGGGACCCGUCGGAGCGCGUGCUGUCCGACUACACCCAAGUGUUCUACAACCACGUGCAGAAGCACAAGCCCUACCCCUCCAUCGAGGAGUUCCUGGUGCGCGACGGCCGGCUCAACGUGGACUACAAGGCGCUCAACCGCAGCCUCUACCACGUGCACAUGCAGAACUGGCUGCGCUUCUUCCCGCUGCGCCACAUCCACAUCGUCGACGGCGACCGCCUCAUCAGGGACCCUUUCCCCGAGAUCCAAAAGGUCGAGAGGUUCCUGAAGCUGGCGCCGCAGAUCAACGCCUCGAACUUCUACUUUAACAAAACCAAGGGCUUUUACUGCCUGCGGGACAGCGGCCGGGACCGCUGCUUACACGAGUCCAAAGGCCGGGCGCACCCCCAAGUGGACCCCAAACUCCUCAAUAAACUGCAUGAAUAUUUUCACGAGCCAAAUAAGAAGUUCUUCGAGCUUGUUGGCAGAACAUUUGACUGGCACUGAUUUGCAAUGAGCUAGUCUCGGAACCUUUCGUAUUGUAAGUUACGGUGUACAUCUAGGGGAAAAAACAAGAAUUUUAAAAGGGCAUUUAAGCUAUAAUUUAUUUGUAAAAUCCAUAAAUUACUUCUGUACAGUAUUAGAUUCACAAUUGCCAUAUAUACUAGUUAUAUUUUUCUACUUGUUAAAUUGAGGGCAUUUUGUAUUGUUUUUCAUGGUUGUUAACAUGUGUAAUAUGUCUCUAUAUGAAGGAACUAAAAUAUUUCACUGCAGAAAAAAAAAAACUCUGGAGACGCUGUCUUUUUUGAAUAUAAUUAACU